UUGAAAGAGAGAGAUAAGUGGUUGUUGUACCAAUGGGGUAUAGAGAAUCUAUAGAAAGAUCUCAAGCAUGAGAGAAAAUACAAACCCUCUCAACACACACACAUGACAUCUACUAUACUUCUUCUCUAACUAUUCUUUAGCUUCCUUUUCUUUUUUUUCUCUCCUCACCCACUUGUUCAUAAAAUCCUCCAAUAUUACCACACCCACCACCCCUCCCAUUUUUGCUUCCUUCUCUUCCUCUAUAAUGUCAAAGUUACCAUUAUUAUUGUGAGAUUUUGAAAAAUAUAAAUCAAAAUCAUCUUUCUUGAUCUUUCAAGAGGCUUCUUGAGGAGAAAUGGAAACAGAAGUAAGGGAAGUACAACACCAUUUCCAUGUAUUGGCUGUGGAUGAUAGUCUUAUAGAUAGAAAGCUUUUGGAAAAGCUCUUAACAAUUUCUUCAUGUGAAGCAGUUACUUGUGUGGAGUCUGGUGAUAAAGCUCUUAGAUAUUUGGGUCUUCUUGAUGAUCUUGAUAAAUUUUCUUCUUCUGCUGCUGCUAAUUCUUUUUCUUCCUCACAACUCUCCCAACAACAGGAAGUCAAAGUCAACCUAAUCAUGACAGAUUAUUGUAUGCCUGGGAUGAGUGGUUAUGAUCUACUCAAACGACUCAAGGGAUCUUAUUGGAAGGAUAUUCCUGUUGUUGUGAUGUCAUCAGAGAAUGAGCCUUCAAGAAUCAAUAUGUGUUUGGAAGAAGGAGCAGAGGAAUUCCUUCUAAAGCCUCUUCAACUAUCAGAUGUCAAGAAACUUGAGCCUCACCUUCAAAAAUCCCUCACUCUUUGUUCUGCAGAUCAAGUCAAAGAAGAAGAAACAACACUCGCAAUCGAAAUUGGAAUCACCGACGACGAAAAUAACUCGAAAUUAGAAGGGAGUAAGAAGAAUGAAAAUAGCAUUAAUAAUAGUUUGAGCAAGAGAAAGGCAGCGACUCCAGAACAUUGUGAAGAAAGACGGCCAAAACUGAAAGAAUUGCAAGCUGGAGUAUGAAGAAAUGGGGGCAUUGGCAUUUCGUCGAACACCUUUGCUGAAAUAAUUUGGAGUUACAGCGGCGUAUUGAUAUAUAGAGAGAGAUUUUCAGGUGGAAAAAGGGGAAUUUGGAGAUGUAAAAUGGAUUGUUAUUUUGUAAUUUCUUUGGUGGUCUUUGAUAAUGAAUACCUUUUGUGUUGUUAGAUGGAUGAAGAUGGAGGAAAAUCUCCCAAAAUUGGGAUGUUUUUGGAGGCCAAUCGGUUAAUAAUUCUAAUUUAAAUAUCAAUUUUUUCUUUACAACGCGAGAGAGGGAUCGAACCUGACGUUGACGUCGAGGUUG